GCCCUCGCCCCCAGAACGCCUCUUGGCCAAGCCUGCAGAUCUGCCCACAAUGUCCUUCGAUCCUGCCCUCGUCUCCUCGCUCUCGCUCAAGCACCCGCGACCCCACAAUGCCAACUUUGUCUACGGAACCGCUGGCUUCCGCAUGAAGGCUGAGCUUCUCGACUCGGUCAUGUUCCGCGUCGGCAUUCUCGCCGUCCUCCGCUCCAAGAAGCUCGGCGGCAAGGUCAUCGGCGCCAUGAUCACGGCCUCGCACAACCCCGAGCAGGACAACGGCAUCAAGCUCGUCGAGCCCCUCGGCGAAAUGCUUCUGCAAUCCUGGGAGGGCUACGCCACCCGCCUCGCCAAUGCCGCGACCGAGGCCGAUCUGGUUCAGGCCAUCAACGAAAUCAUUGCUGCCGAGCAGAUCGAUUUUGGCAAGCUCUCCACCAAGGCCAACGUCGUCUGUGCUCGCGACACCCGCCCCAGCGGCGAGGCUCUGGUGGCUGCCGUCAAGGACGGUGUCGCUGCCCUCGGUGGAUCGAUUGUCGACUAUGGCUUCAAGACCACCCCUCAUCUCCACUACAUUACCCGCUGCCUCAACACCCAGGGCACCCCCGACGCCUACGGUGUUCCCACCGAGGAGGGCUACAACGACAAGCUUGCCGCUGCCUUCAAGACCAUCACGGCCGGUCUUCCUCGCCUGUCCACGCUGCACCUCGAUGCCGCCAACGGCAUUGGCGCUCCGGCCUUCAAAAAGUUCCUCGAGACCAUCGGCUCUGAGCAUCUCUCUGUCCACAUUGUCAACGACGACAUCCAUUCCAAGGGCAAGCUGAACAGCAAGUGCGGUGCCGACUUUGUCAAGCUUUACCAGACAAAGCCCGAGGGUCUGGAUCUGGCUCCUGGACAGAGAGCCGCUUCGUUUGACGGCGACGCCGAUCGCCUAGUUUACUACUACAUUGACGACAACGGAACCUUCAAGCUCCUGGAUGGCGACAAGAUUGCCACCCUGGCUGCUGGCUUUAUCAUGGAGCAGGUCCGUAUCGCCAAGGUCCAGAUCCACAAGCCCGACGGCACCAAGGCCCCUCUCCACGUCGGCCUGGUUCAGACCGCCUAUGCCAACGGCAGCUCCACCUCCUAUGUCAAGAACACCCUGCAAGUUCCUGUGGUGUUUACCCAGACUGGUGUCAAGCAUCUGCACCACGCCGCUGAGCACUUUGAUGUCGGUGUCUACUUUGAGGCCAAUGGCCACGGCACUGUGCUGUUCAGCAAGGAGGCCACUCACGCCUUCAAGACCACCCAGGGAUCCACGCCCGAAGAACACCGUGCUCUCGAGAUCCUGCGCGCUCUGGCCGAUCUGAUCAACCAGAGCGUCGGUGAUGCUACUUCGGACCUGCUGAUGGUCGAGGCCAUCCUGACUGUCAAGCAGCUGUCGCUGUCCGGCUGGGACAAGGCAUAUGCCGACCUCCCCUCUCGCCAGGAGAAGGUCCUGGUGGCCCAGCGCAGCAUCUUCAAGCCCAUCAAUGCCGACACCGAGCUCGCCGAGCCCCUGGGUCUGCAGGACAAAAUCAACCAGCAGGUCCAAAAGUUCAACAAGGGACGAUGCUUUGUCAGACCCUCGGGAACCGAAGACAUUGUUCGCGUUUAUGCUGAAGCCGAGACCCGCGACGAGACCGAAACGCUUUCCCAGAUCGUCUGCGGUAUUGUCUUUGAUGGCUACGGUGGUGUUGGCGAACGACCUGCCAAGUUCAAGAAGGUCGACGCUGCUGGAAAUGUCGUUGCUUAGAGGGCCUGAACGGUGCCCGCGUGGUCUGUCCGGUGAAUACCCGAGUGCCCCGGAUGGACUGGCCGGCGUAAUUGCCCUGGUUUGUGUCAGCAGGAUCGAGAAGCAGAGAGCAAAGGCGCCCAUCGAGCAAUCUCGACGGCGCCACAAUAACCAAGCCUGCGAAUAUAUGUGCUCCUAGCACACAACGUGUCAUCGUU